UUAUCUGAUCACAAUACUCUUCUUCUACCAUCACUUUGCCUUUCCCAUACUUUCACGGAUUUUACUUCAUACCUGCCUUGUGGGUUUUCAAUUUAUUCCAAAUAAGUACAAAAAAUACUCUUUCCUUUUGGAUCCUUUCUUGCUGGUUCCUAGUAGUCACUUUCUUCUUGCCGAAUCGUGAAUACCCUUCGUUCCCGGUAAUUUGAUUUUGUUAUACACAUAUAGGGUUCAUUGAUUGUACGACUCAUCUCUUGUUUUGCAAUUUCGUUGCAUCGCUUUGGAAUUUGACAAAAGAACAGGUUCGGUCUACAUUUGUUUUCUAUAUCGACAUAGCCGAGUUUGCCGACUUACCUAUUUAUCAUUUGAAUUUAUUAUUUGUUUCGUUGGUUCCUAAUCUUUUUUUUUGUCAUUUUUACAUUUUGUUUUAUAAUUCCCUCUUUUUGGAUUGUUUCUCUGUGCUUUUUUAGAUCCAAUGGCUCCUUCCCUGAUUGCUCCAAAACAUCAACAUCUCUCUCCCAACUCCCCCUCUUCGUCUACCGUAAACCUUCCUCAUUCCUCUUCAGCGGCGGCUGAGUUGGGUUGUGUGAACUGUCGCUGCUCUUCCGGUAAAGACGCAAACGAAAGUACCCAUGUAGAUGAUCCUUCUCAAAAUCUUGUCCAUGCUAUGUCAAACCUAUCCUUAAAUCCGCAUUUCAAGUCUCUCAACCUCGACCUUCAUCUCUUGCACGAUAACAUUACGAUCGAUCGUAUUCCCAAACUUCCUCCCUGUAAUAUUUCCUUUGCUCCAUUGACUCCUGAAGCCAAGUCCGCGGAUUCCUUCCAUCAAAGCUCCCUUAUUCCUGAAAAGAUGCCGCCUUCAUUUGUCCAGCCUCAUCCACCAUUCCAUGUCUAUCCGUCUCGUGUUAGGGAUAUCCGCGAACUAACAAAGCCCGGUGCCUAUAAGCGUGCUUUCCAUUUUGAAAUUGACGUUUCUGAUUAUCCUCUUCCUGAAGGUGAACAGUGGAUGGUAGGUGGUUCAUUUGGUCUCAUGGCUCCCAACAGCGAUGACGCUGUAAGUCAUUUGCUCCAUCUUUUGCAUGUUCCUCCCGACGUCGCUGAUGCUCCUGUCCUUUUGAAAACUAAUGGUGGUCGCUGGCCUACCAUUUGGGCUGAGGACAUGGCUAGAGAGCUUCCUACUACUCGACGGGAGCUCUUGAAAUGGUCUUCUGACUUCAUGUCCGUUCCCCCUAAAAAGCAGUUAAUUCGUUUAUUGGCCGAAUAUGCCGAAAGCCCUGCAGAAAAACAAAUUCUUUUGUUUUUGGUUAGCCGUUUGGGUCAACGUGCUUUCUGUGAUCUUAGAGCGAAUAACAAUGUUACUUUGCUUACACUCUUGGAAGCGUUUUCUAGUGUCAAGCUUCCUCUGGAUCACCUCUUAAGUAUUCUACCCCAACUAAUGCCUAGAUGGUAUUCUUUAUCCAACGAUCCCGCUCAGCAUAAUGGAAUCUUAGAAUUUGCGGUUGCUCUCGUAGAGAUCGAAAAGGCUGGUGGCGGUAUUCGUUACGGUAUCGGUUCUGGCUUCUUGUAUCGUUUAGCGAAGCAAUGGAUGGACGGUAAAAGAGACUUAAUCCUCCCCAUGUAUCGUGGCUUACAUAGGAACGCUUUUGUUACGCACUUCACUUCCGAUGGCCCUAUGUGUCUAAUUGGCACCGGUGUUGGUAUCGCACCUUUCCGCGGAUUUGUUCAGCGCCGUCUCAUGAAUGCAUCUUGUGCUGGAAAAGUCUGGAUUUUUCACGGUUGCCGUGACUCCGAGUUGGAUGAAUUGUACCAUGGCGAAUGGGAACACCGGAAUGACGACUCUCGUUCUGACUCUUCUAAUUCCGUUAGCAAUCAAAAUAAUACCGAAGUUGAUGCGUUAGAGUUUCACAAUGAUCCCAGGGAAGGGCCUCAUCACUUAGUCGUUGAAUCACGUUCAUGCAAACGAGUUUACGUGCAGGACGAAUUACGUCAAAAAGGUGAUAUUGUAUGGAAUGUUUUGAACCACCCGAACGGUAAAAUAUACCUUUGUGGUGGUAAACAAGGUUUAUUACGAGGUGUCGACGAUGCAUUGCGGGACAUUUGCAUGAAAUUCGGGAGUAUGUCUCAUAGUGAAGCUUCUAACCAAUUGGCGACUUGGCAGAAUCCUCUUUCCUUGAAGUAUAUUAAGGAAAUUUGGUAACAUGCUUGUUUUAAGGAAAGGUUUUUUUGUUACCUGUCAAUUUAUGAUUAUAAUGUGUACAUGAAUUUCAGGUUUAAUCGUUUCAAUCCCCUUCUUUUCAUUUCAGUGGCUUAUAUUUUUGCUUUUGUUCCUAUAAUUUCUAGUUUUGUUUUCGUGAUCCUUUGGUAUCUUUGGAUCUAAAAGUUUUUAAUAUUAUACUGUCCUUGAUUUCUCACGUAAUCUGCCAAACAACCGGUGUUCAUCCCGUCUAUAUAUUAUCCGGUCAGUAUGUUAUCCACUGCUUAUUAUUUUCGUAAGCUGUAGAUAUGCUUUCUCUCGAAAGGUUCUAUAAGUUUGAAAGGCAUGUUUAUCAGUCUGAUUAAACUCUAGAUUCAACUUGGAAAAAGUUUGAUGAAGCCGUUACAGAGAUACCAUAAGAACAAAGCACUAAAGUAAUUCUUUCAUUCUUCCAAUGGUUCUAGUCUAUAUUAGGAAAAAGAUACGAAGAAGUAUGAAUGGAGUUAGGAUUCGUAUAUGUGCUGAAAAAUCGCAACUGUAUUUUAAAUAAUCCUUACUAUAUUCGUUGCUACGUAAACAACUAAUCUUGUUCUAAUGUCCUUGGUUGACGAAUUCAGAUGUAUCAAUAAGCAAGUUGCUUCGGAUACCAACAAAUUCUCCCUUAGAAUGUAUUUGUUUGGAACCAGUCUACUUAUUCACAAGUUUUCUUAUUCUACUCUCUUUGAAUCAAUAUAACCCAGUCUAAUUACUCAAUUCACCAUAGAUUUUUUGUCUUGCUCAAGGUGACAUGGUACUAAUUAUAUACUCCUUAGAGUAAUGAACGAUGAGUAACAAUUGAUAAAGUCAGGACUUCCUCUGGCACCCUCCAACAGAGCCGCCUAUUUGCUG